AUGUUUCAACAAAAUACUCAAUUUAUUUGUUCAAUUUGUUUGAAAAACAUUUCAACUUUUAGAAAUGUUACUGAUAAUUUUAAAGAUAAAAUUGAUAAUUGUCCUGAUAAAGAAUAUUAUAAAGACCUUAAAUCUGGAAUAGAUAAAUUAUAUUAUAAUUGUUAUAUGAAAAUUGUUGAUUCUUAUCGAUUUCAAAAAUCUACAAUUAAUAGAAUUAAUAAAUCAGAUAUUUUUGAUAAUUCAAUGGAAGUUAGUAGAUCAAAUACUUCUACAAAUUUAAUAGAUAUUAAUAAUUUAAUAAAAUCUAAAUUAAUUAAAGCUCAAAAAGAAGAAUUAAUUCAAAAUAAUUUAACUGAAAUUGAUCAAAUUAAAAAUAUUAAAAUUAAUAAAAUCAACAAUAUGAUUUUAUUUGAUAAGGAAAAUUUUAAUCAAUUAAUUAAAUUAAUUAUUUAA